AUGACUUGGUUUACAUUCCCUGCUGACAACCUGCUGUGCUGGUGGAUUAGCAUCUCCAUCACUGUGUGGUUCACUCUUCUGUUUGCCUUCAUAAUUGUGCCGGCUAUACUUGGAGUCUCUCUUGGUAUCCGCAGGCUCUACAUGAGGACGCUUCUCAAGAUCUUUGAGUGGGCAACAUCACGAAUGGAGAUGGGAGCAAAGGAAAAGAACCAGCAACUCUAUAAGCCAUAUAGCAGUGGAAUCAUAGCCAAAGAACCACCAUCGUCUUUGCAGCAGGGGAUCCAGCAGCUCAGAGGUUCUGCCAGCUGUCUGCGCUCAGAGCCAGAGUUUGAGAUGGCUGACAUCUUCUACUUCUGCCGGAGGGGUGUGGAGAGCAUCGUGGACGACGAGGUGACCAAGUGCUUUUCAGCUCAGGAGCUGGAGAGCUGGAACUUGCUGACUCGAAGCGACUAUAACUUCCGUCAUAUAAGCCUGAGGCUCACUGUUCUGUGGGGCCUGGGACUCCUCAUCCGCUACGGCGUCCUGCUGCCUCUCAGGGUUACUCUGGCAGUCACUGGCAUUAGUCUGCUCCUGGUCCUGACCACUUUGGUGGGCUUCCUACCUAAUAGAGAGUUAAGGUUCUUCCUGAGUGAGAAGGUUCAUCUGUUGUGUUACCGCAUCUGUGUCAGAGCUCUCACAGCAAUCAUCACCUAUCAUCACAGAGAGAACAAACCAAAGAAUGGCGGGAUUUGCGUGGCCAAUCACACCACACCCAUCGAUGUUAUCAUCUUGGCCAAUGAUGGCUGCUACUCUAUGGUGGGCCAGGUGCACGGAGGGUUGAUGGGGAUGAUCCAGCGAGCCAUGGUCAAAUCGUCUCCUCACAUCUGGUUUGAAAGAUCAGAAGUCAAAGACAGACACCUAGUGGCCAAAAGGCUUGGUGAUCAUGUUGCUGACAAAACCAAACAGCCCAUCCUAAUCUUCCCUGAGGGUACUUGCAUUAACAACACAUCAGUGAUGAUGUUCAAGAAGGGGAGCUUUGAAAUUGGCUGCACUGUUUAUCCAGUUGCCAUUAAAUAUGAUCCUCGAUUUGGGGAUGCUUUCUGGAACAGCAGUAAGUUUGGCAUGGUGAAUUAUCUGCUGAGGAUGAUGAGCAGCUGGGCCAUUGUCUGCAGCGUUUGGUACCUGCCGCCUAUGAACAGAGAGGAAGGGGAAGAUGCGGUGCAGUUUGCCAACCGAGUGAAAGCAGCCAUAGCUGCACAAGGAGGAUUAGUGGAUCUCAUUUGGGACGGAGGGCUGAAACGAGCAAAAGUGAAGGAUGCUUUUAAAGAAGAGCAGCAGAAACUUUACAGUAAAGUUCUGGUAGGCGAGCAUGAGCAGGCGGACGACAAACAUUUAGAGGAUGAAAACCCAGAGGAGGAUAAAAGCCAUCGAGAUUCAGCAAACGGACAAUGA